UGCCCUCCCAUCAAGACACAUCUCAAAAAACGACUAUCUCUCUCUCUCUCUCUAAAAGAUCUAAGUGAAGCACACAGCAAUGUCGCCAAACUACUUUUCCGAUCAAUCGUACGGACUAUCGCCGUUCAAGUCCGAAUUCGAUCAAAGAUCCCCCGAAAUGCCAGAAACUAAUGUCCAAAUCGUCACCUCCGGUGGACUACGCAUCCCGGCGCACUGUAGCAUACUGGCCUCUGCAUCGCCUGUACUGGAGAGCAUCAUAGAUCAGCCUCGUAAACACCGGAGCUCCGAGAAGACUAUUCCGAUCGUCGGCGUUCCUUCCGAUGCCGUUGUCGUCUUCGUUCGAUUUCUCUAUUCCUCCAGUUGCACGGAGGAGGACAUGGAGAAGUACGGGAUUCAUCUGCUGGCUCUGUCCCACGUGUACUUGGUACCACAUCUUAAGCAGAGAUGCACCAAAGGGUUGAUCCAACGGCUGACGAUUGAGAACGUGGUGGACGUGCUUCAACUUGCGAGACUCUGCGACGCACCCGAUCUUUACCUCAAGUGCAUGAAGCUGGUCAACAACAGUUUCAAGGCUGUUGAAGAAACUGAAGGUUGGAAGUUCCUGCAAAAUCACGACCCUUUGCUUGAAUUGGAGGUCCUGCAGUUCAUUGAUGAAACUGAAUUGAGGAGGAAGAGAAGGCGAAGAUACAGAGAGGAACAGAAUUUGUACCUACAGUUGAGCGAAGCCAUGGAGUGUUUGGAGCACAUAUGCACAGAAGGGUGUACCACUGUUGGACCCUACAAUGUGGACCCUACCAAGAACAGAGGGCCAUGUAGCAAAUUCACCACGUGUCAGGGCCUCCAGCGUUCGAUUCGUCACUUUGCCACGUGUAAGAGAAGGGUCAACGGAGGGUGCGUGCAAUGCAAGCGGAUGUGGCAGCUUCUAAGACUACACUCUUCGAUCUGUGACCAGUCUGAUCUUUGCAAAGUCCCCCUUUGCAGACAAUUCAAACUGAAAGUGCAAGAAGAAAAGAAGGGAGAUGAUGCAAGGUGGAAGCUGCUUGUGAGGAAGGUGGUGUCAGCAAAAGCCAUUUCUUCUUUGUCUCAGACCAAGAGGAAGAGAGAUGAGGAAACAAAAGAGACCACCAUAAAUCAUCAUCAUCAUGGUAUUAGAAGCUUCAAAUUAUAUAGCAAUGGUGGUGAUGAAGAUAAAGAGUGACAAGUUUGUCCAUUCAAUGCGAUGAAGAAAAAGUGUGUUGUUUUGGGGGAUACUAUGGUCUUUUUGUUACAUGGUUAUUGAACCCCUUAUGUAGGUGUCAAUAGACUAGUGGUAGCUGACCCCUUAAAGACAUGUUGGGGUCUAGAGAUGUAUAUCCCAUGGUUUUUUUUUUUUUUUCAA